AUGGCAGCUUUAAAUGAUAAGGUUGUACAACAAGGAAAGAACAUAUCUGCUCUUGGCCAUUCGAUCAACAUGUUCGGCAAGCAACUUAACACAGUUACUAAUGAUGUUAAAUCUCAGGGCCAACUCAUUGGAGGACUUGAAACCCGUAUAUUAGCCGCUAAAAAGACUUUAUCGAAUAUCGCUGCGUCCCCAUCCACAACCGAAAGUACACGAUCCAUUAAUAACAUUGCUAGAGAAGUACAACUGAGGACACUGCUUGCUGUGAACCUAAUCAUUCGGGGUGUACCAGAAUCUCCUAACACAUCUAUAUCUGAAAGAAUCACCCAUGAUAAAAAAUUUGUUUCUGACAUUUUUGAUAAACUUAAUCCUCCUGUUCCGGUUGAGUCCAUACUCAGAGCCUUCAGAAUAGGCAAAACUGCCGAUAAUAAGCCAUGA